CCUCGACACUCUUCGACGUUAAACUGACUCGUCGGUCGACAUUUUCGGCACUGCAUCAUCAGCGCUGACGUGGAAACUACGUGAGCGAAGGCACAGGCCGUCCACGCAGACUGUCAUUAGUGACGAGUCAGACUACGUAAAACUUCGGUGACUUACUAUGGAUACCUCAGUAUCGUCUCAGCUUGACAGCAGUAUAAAUGACUCAGUGACGGAUGGAGAGGAGAACCACAGUGAAGCCAGUCCAUCUCCUCAGGUACCUGUGGCAGCUGAGUCCCCCGGCGUGACAGUUGUCCAGCUGUCUGAUGGUCAGACUGUGCAGGUCCAAGGGGUCAUCCAGGCCCCUCAGACCUCAGUAAUACAGUCACCACAAGUCCAGACUGUCCAGAUUGCUACUGUUGCAGAGCUGGAAGAUGACGAGUCAGUCACAGACACUCAGAAGAGACGGGAAAUUCUUUCCAGGCGUCCGUCUUAUCGGAAAAUCCUCAAUGAGCUUUCAUCUGAUUCGCCGGCAGUUUCUAAAAUCGAUGAAGAAAAGGCAGAGGAGGAGGUGCCGGUCUCGAGCGCAGCCUCAGCAUCAGUGCCAACCUCCAUCUACCAGACCAGCUCAGGACAAUACAUUGCGAUCACUCAGGGGAGAGCCGUCCAGCUGAACAGCCCUGGAGUGGAAGGCCUUCAGGAGGCUCAGAACCUGACGGUGGCCAGCUCUCCCACCCCGCAGCCCGGAGCCACCAUCCUGCAGUGUGCAGCUCAGCCUGGAGACGCUCCACAGCAGUUCUACAUCCAGGGAGGACAGGUUCUCAUCCAAGCUGCCACAGGAGACAUCCCUGCCUACCAGCUGCGUUCGCCCAACUCGGGCCUGUCUCAAAGCAUUGUCAUGGCUGCGUCCCCGGGCACCAUGCAGAACCCCUCGUCGCAGCACGCUGAAGAGAUCACCCGCAAGAGGGAGGUCAGACUCAUGAAAAACAGGGAGGCAGCUCGUGAGUGCCGCAGGAAAAAGAAAGAGUACGUCAAAUGUCUGGAAAACCGCGUGGCCGUGUUGGAAAACCAAAACAAGACCCUGAUUGAAGAGCUGAAAGCACUGAAGGACAUUUACUGCCACAAAGCUGAGUAGCGGCGGCUGUUUGUGGUCACGGGCUGAAGACAGUGCCGUUUACAAACUGCUACAGCAAAAUGAAAAAAAAAAGAAAAGACUCUGGAACAAAAACUGCUUUGCCCGUCUUUGUUUCUCUGCUCACUCAGGCCUGGUUUACACCGAAUUCAAGAAGUGUCCCGGGGAAUUCGAAUAGCUUGAGCUUGCCAGUUUUGCUCUUGUCUCUUAUCUUGUGCCCUUUUGCAUGUUGAAGACUCAAGUGUCGUACACACUAUGCUUGCUGUUACUGCUGUGCAUGGUGCGAAGCCAGCCAAUGAAAGCCAGCUGAAGAAGAGGAACAGGAAGAGGAAAUACAGGUGCUUCCUGAAAAUGCACCGCUCAAGGACAGAGAUUACGAAAAAAAAAGAAAAACCUCAGCAGGUCAGUCAGGACUUGCUACCAGCAAGUUACUCUGCGGUCAGACCAAGUGCACAAAAAAAAAAAAAAUAGCUACGCAGAUCCACCACCAGCUGCAACCAGGCGACUCUUACCAUGUUUACCUGAUAAUGUCAUACAUGUAAUUUACGCUUCUUUUCCUAGUCGUUUCAUGCAUUCCUCCAUCAUGCAAAAACACAAUUAAGGGGAAACGUCUUCAAGCGUUUUGUCGGUGAAGUGAUUUCCUGGAUUUCAUCAGCCUGUUUAUACUCUUUAUUAGGUCAAAAAGUCUUUUUUUUUUUCAAGAAAUACCAGUGAAGUAAAAGAUGAAAAUCCUCUUAUGUUUGGCUGUUUAUAAGAACUUCAAAUAUAUAUGUUGAGAGGCAUUGUAUGAAUGAAAACCUAAUUUUUCAUCACUGAAGUGAGUUGAUUGCAGUUUUGGAAAUGACAGAACACAAGUGUUCUUUAGUCAAAAGCACAGAACGAACCAAAGCGUCAGUGUGGAUAUUAUUAAGAUUUAUAUUCUAUUACAUUUAUUUGAAGAAUUUCACGCCACACGUUUAUAUAUUCUACUAAGCAAAUGUUACCUAUUCAACAUGUUUUUUAAAAAAAAGUGUAAUUGUCAAUUCUCUCCUGAAAAACCUCAGUUUUCUUAAGAAAAAGCUCAAAGAGUAACUGUUGUGCUUUACUGCGUCAGUUUUGUUUAUUUCAAAUCAUGGAUAUCCAUUGUGGAAUAAAACUGUAUUUGAUUCCGGCUGGAUAUUAAAAUGCUCUGUUUAAAGGGUGAUGCCAAUUUCUUUUAUUUUCUCUUUUCCUUUCUUUUUUUAAUGUAAAGUAGUUUUAUUUGAAUUAUAAUAUAUCAUCUUGUGUUAAUGUUUCUGCUGGUAUGGAAAAGUGCUCGCUUUCUCUGUUUCAGCUGAUGUAGUUGGUGAGUUUGUUCCAUUGAAUAUUCUUUACUGUCCGGCCUGUAGAUGACGAUAGGAGGAGCACUCCUCUGCGUAACAGACCAUCUCCUUUUGGCUGCCAAAGCUGUUCAAGUAGCAGUUAGGCGUUUAACUACUUAGCUCAGUAACAACAUUAUGAAUCAUCCUGUGGCAGUCUUCAUAUUCACCACCCAAAUGACCAGGUGUGUUUUCACAACUGAAUGUCCCUUCUGUUAAAUUCUGUGUUACAGCAGGUGAUGAUAAAAUUCAGGUUUCCUCUGAUAUCAGCUGACUUUGUGUUUCUUUUUUUCUUUUUUUUUUUGCUGUUUCAAAUGGCUCCACCCCUUACCUUAGUGUACUUCCUUGUUUGAAUUGUAAAAACCAAAACUAUUUUUUGUUUAUCUAAUAAAAUAUUCAAAUGUGA